AUGGUUCACUAUAACUACGCUCCAAAUAUCUUUGAAAAUAUGGAAAUGAAGGUCCUUAAAUUCGAUAACAAUCUCUACACUAACCAAACUUAAUAUAUUGAAGAUAGAAACCUUACUGGUGAUUACUCUUGGAUUCCUUUCAGACCUAAAAUAAACCCCAAAAAUCAUUGGGCUUUACCUUAUGUUACAGGUCACAAGUAUAAAGUUCACUGGAGAUUUGGUCUUGAUUUCACUCAAAUGCAAAUUGAUUUGUCCAACAGAUGGAAAUCUACAGAUAAAGAUAUUUAUGUAGUCUAUAAUUUCACUGAUACCAGAGCAAGAGUUGAUUUCAUUAGCGGAGGUGUGGUUAAUGACAAUGCUACUAUUUUAACAAAAGCUCAAAAUUUAUGGUAGACAGGAGACAAUGUAGUAUACAAUGAUACUAGUGUAAGAGAAAUUCAUGCAAUCUUCAAUGGAAGAAACAGCUCUAGAGAUUCUCUAGUUAUGAAAGGUUACAGAUGUAAUGGUCCUUGUCUCACUGCCAUUGAUGAAGUGGCAGUUGAAUCUACAUUUAGAAGAUGGAGUGUCCCUGCUUCUUGGCCAAGUGGAAAGGUUCCAACAGAUGGAGAAACUGUGGUAAUUGAAGCUGGCUGGAAUAUGCUCUAUGAUGUAGUUAACGCUACAGGACCUAUUCUAAAAAUGCUCCAAAUCAAUGGAAGAUUGACAUUUGAUAAUGAAGAAGAAGUUGGAAAGAACUUGUAUCUCUAUGCUAAGUAUAUCUUUGUCAGAGCAGGAGCCCUCAUCAUUGGUAAUGAAACUAGACCAUUCAGAGGAACUGUCAACAUUGUGCUUUAUGGUGAAAAAGCAAAUGAACAGAUAGUAUAUGAUGAAGCUAUAGAAGCUGGAAAUAAACUUAUCGCUAAUACUGGAAAUAUCUCUAUCUACGGACUACCAAGAAAUAAAAUGACUAGACUUUUAGAAAGUGUAUAUAAAGGCAAUAAGACAUUUAAGGUAGAAUCUGGUCUUGGAUGGAAAACAGAUGAGAGAAUCGUUUUAGCUGCUACCACACUUAGAUAUCAUGAUUCUGAUUACGCGAUAAUUGAUACUUAUGAUAAUGCAACUGGAGUUCUCACAAUAAAAACAGAAUUAACUGCAUACCAUUAUGGUGCAGCAACAUCUACUGGACCAAACUAUAAUGGAGUUGAUAUGAGAGGAGAAGUUCAUUUAUUAUCAAGAAAUGUUAGAAUAUAAGGAAACAAUACAGAAGCAUGGGGUUGCUAGAUUGUUACUAGUGACUUUGUUGAAAUAACUGCAGUAGUUAGAAUGGGACACACUUACAUGAAUAAUGUUGAAAUUUAUAACUGUUCAUAAUAUGAUACUUACAAAGCUGCAAUAAGAUUCUAAGGUAAUGGCAGAAUGUGGAGUGAGAUUGCCAACUCUGCCAUUUAUGGUGGAUGGGGUUAUGGAGCUUAAUUUGAAAAUGCUGCCAAUGUGAAACUAACUAACAAUAGCUUCUAUUUCUUUAAUAUUACACUUGAUGGAAAUCAUGUUAUGCACAUCUUAGAAAGAGACUUUUUAAAGGCAGAUACGAUCUUUGAGCCUACUGGAUGUAUUUUAGCAUGCACGGAGCCUGGAGAUGUUUGUUCAGAUUUGAGCAUAGUAAACAAUGUAGUUUCAGGUUCACCAUUCACAGGAUUCGCUGCUUAUGGAUAUGCAUGUGGAGAAACUAACUCCAAAGUAUUCAGAGACAAUAUAGCUCAUUCUGUGAAAGACACUGGUGUGAUUAUCUUUGCAAACUAAAGUGAUCCUAAACAAUUUACUUGCACUCAAGCAUCUAAAUUCACUGCUUACAAGUGUGGUCUGGAUGGAGCAGUCGCUUUUAAUAACUAAGCCUAUAAGAAAAUCGUCUUUUCAUAAAUGACCUUUAUCGAUAAUGGAUUCGGUGGUACACCAAUGGUUGCUUUUGAAGGAGAUGAUUUGGCAGCUGAAGUGUAAGAUUCUCUAUUCUAUGGAGAGACAGAAGCUAGAGAUUGCUUGAAAGAAAACGAAUGCUUGACAACUAGUUCAGAAGCCUGUAAAGAUAAAACAGCUCUUUAGCUAGCCUACUACGCCAAAGCUGGAAAGGAUCCUUUACCUAAGAGUUUGGUUAAGAUUCCAAUUCAUAAGAUUAAAUCUGAUGCUUCUUAUGGAGGAAAAACAACCUAUACAAAUCUUUAAUUCUUCAACUACAAGAGCAAUAAAACAUAUUGUGGAAUGCAAUAGGUUCUUUUUAGACUUAACCAUUAUGCUGCUGAUUAUAUUCCAAGAGCAAAGUUUAUAAAACCAAGAUUUGAAAAUAUCCAUUAGGAUGCUAUGGCAUAUCUAUUCACUCCACCUGAUGCUUGGGCUAACCUUGAUGAUUGUGGAGACUUCCCAUGCACAGCUCCUAAUAAUGCUCUCCUUUAAUUUGAAAGCGCAACAUAUGCAGGUACUAUUAAACCCUCAAAUACUGACAAAACAUUCUAAAUCCUCCCUAACAAUAAGCCGACAGUCUAAGGAUAUAGUAACUGCAAAAACUAUCCAACAUGGAAUGGCUACUACUGCACUAAUGAUAAUUUGGGAGUGCUACUAUUCGAGAGUAUUGAUGAUGACAAAAUGAAGAGAAUGAUAAGUCCUAUUUUCAUAGUAAAUAACCAGACUUCCUCAAAGAAUACUUUGAAUACUUUCAUGGAUCAUAUUUGGGAUGGAUUCUACACUGGUUAAUUGAGAUUAGCAAGAUGGCCAACUACUAUUGAAACUGGAUAAAUCAAUGGAGUAUUUAGGACAUAUGACAUUAAAUAUUCAGGCACUCCUCCUUCCAAUCAAAGAUUCUCACUUUAUGCUGACGAGUCAGCUGUGAUUCUUAGAAUAGAUUACACCAAGCCAGGAGCAUAUAUUAUCACAGACUUUAGUGGAAAAACUAUUGACGCUAACAAAUGGAAUGACAAUCUCAAAUAACUAGAUCCAAUUAGAGGACAAAAAUGCGGUGAGAAUCGUUACUUGGGAGUUUUAAAUAUACUCGAAUUCUUUAUGCCAGCUGGUUGUCAACUAAUGAUCAAACCAGUUGAUUCCAUUAGAACUAACAUUAGAUUAGAUUGGACUUUGGAUGCUUUCUAUUCAGCAGGAGGUACUACUAAAUUUGUUGACAGAGUAGCUGCAUCUCUCGGAAUUCAUGCCUCAACUAUCAAGGUAGUAGCUGUUUACAAAGGUUCAGUCAUUGUUGACUUUAUCAUUGUCCCAGAUGAUGCAAAAGUAACUGCUACUUCAAUUCAGACUGGCAUUUAAAAUACUAUUAAAUCUAAUCCCACUGCCUAUGGAGCACCUGUCUUGGAUGCAUCAGCUGGAGGCACAGCUGUAGUAACUGGUGGAAAGAUCAUCAAUAAUACGAGCACAGGUGGUUCUACUACUACAGGGGAAACUGUUACUGUUGGAGGCUCAGGAAACAAUGGUGGAACAUCAACACCAGUCAUUGACACCUCGAACAAUCCCAAGGUAAUUGUCCAAUCAGGCGGCUCCUCAGAUAAUGAAGAUUAAGUGAAACUAAUUGUGAUAUUGGUUGUUAUCGUGGUUGUCAUCAUAAUUGGAAGUGUAGCAAGCUACUUCAUCUAUCAAAAGUACUAGAAAAAGCAAAACCAGAAGAGUAUCAAUAAGUUGAAGGAAGGAACUGAAGCAGUCGCUUAAAGUUCAAGAGAUGCCUCAGGCUUAGGUGAUCAUGAAGUAAAAGAUUAACGAGGCAGAUAAUCUUAAUGA